GUUAUGUUAUUAAAAUGAUAAAAAUAGUGUAAUACUUAAUUUUAUAACAACAUAUUUAUUUUGUACUAUAUCGUAUUUGAUUUUAUAUAAACUGACAUGUCGGUCAAACAACCACGUAUAGAUUUAAGAAAACUAAAUAAAAAAAUGCAAAAGAACAGAAUACAAAGAAAACCUUCUAUAUCCAAAUUAGAUCCUAAGUGUCAGGAGGCUACGCCCGAGAUUCUAAGAAUAGAAAUCGACCAAAUAUUUAAAGAGUUUCUCGACAAUCCUGACCAGACUGAAUACAUUUUCCCCCCGGAUCUGAACAACUUGCAGCGUAAAUAUAUCCAUACGAAGGCUCAAGCCAUGAAUAUUAUCUCAAAAUCAUACGGCAAAGAGCCGGAUCGAAAGUUGCACAUAAAAAAGAGGAGCCAACAACUCGAAAAUCAGUCGUUCAUUAUAAAACCGUGUGCGGCAACUUUGACAUAUUUGCGUGAUUUUAUUAACCUUUCCAAGUCUGUACCAUUAUACAUGCCUCCUCAUCGUCGUAUGCAGCGUAGGGAAAAAGUUAUCGGAAGGUUAGUAAAUGGCGUUUCUACGACCCCAGCCGAGGUACACUUAACGAACGAUAUAAUAGCUCUAAGGGAAUCCUUGCCGAUAUACGACCAGAAAAUUUUUUUAAUACAAACAAUUAGAAGUAAUCAGGUUACUAUUAUUUCGUCCGAAACGGGUUCCGGAAAGACGACCCAGGUGCCGCAGUAUAUCAUGGACGACAUGAGGCAGCAGAAUAAGCCUUGCAAGAUAAUUUGCACACAACCGAGACGAAUAUCGACCGUAUCGGCAGCAGAACGAGUGGCUUACGAACGAAACGAUACCCUCGGCGCUUCCGUGGGGUAUCAUAUAAGGUUAGAGCAAAAGUAUGGUAUAAGUACAAACUUAAUUUAUUGCACCACGGGUGUUUUUCUGCGAAAUCUCAUGCUGGGUUGUGAGGCGUUGAUGAAUAUAACGCACAUUAUCAUCGACGAGGUUCACGAACGAGAUAAACUCUCGGAUUUCUUACUGAUAUGCCUAAAACAGAGCCUGUCACACUUUCCUAACCUCAAACUAAUCCUGAUGUCCGCCACGAUGAACACGUCCAAGUUUCUGGAUUAUUUCGGGCACGGUAAGGUGCUUUCGAUCCCGGGACGGCUCUACCCGAUCGACAUCGUUUUCCUCGAGGAGAUUCUACUCCUUACGAAGUACAAGUCGCCGAAGAUGCGCGACGUCAUGCAGAAAGACAAGAGAAAAGCCACCGAACACGUGGCGGAGGACGUUGCGAUUUCAGUUUUGCAGGAAGAAAACAUUGAACUCGACGAGGCGUUGGAUGAGUACUUGAAUUUCAGCGACAACUACGACUAUAGGGUUCAUUACGAGGAGGCGACGGUGCAAUUGGGGAUGUAUUUUUUGUCCGAGGGGUUGUCGGUGGAUUACCAGCAUUCCCGCACGGGUAGGACAGCUCUGAUGAUCGCAGCUUUCCUCGGGGACAAGGAGUUCAUCAGCCGACUGUGCAGUAUGGGCGCGAAGAUGGACCUCUGUUGCAACGCGGGCAAAACGGCGUUCGACUACGCCUUCGACAAACCCGACACCCUCCAACUGUUGGAAUACAUCAAGUGCAAGAGAAACAACGACGCCAAAAACUCCAACACCGGCGAGAAAGAGGUGGAGUACCUUCUCCACUUAUACGACAAAACCACCUCGGACGACUACAUCGACUUCGACCUCAUAGUGACGUUGAUUUGCUUCAUACACCACAGCAAUCAAGAGGGCUCCAUUUUAGUCUUUUUACCGGGCUACGACGACAUUAUGCUGUGCAACGACAGGAUAAACAACUCGCAGAUGGCCGUCGGAACGUACAAGACUUUCUUCUUGCACAGUUCGAUGAACAUCAGGGACCAGCACGAGGUGUUCAGGCAUUUGCCCAGUAGGAGGAAGAUAAUCCUGUCGACGAAUAUAGCCGAGACCAGUAUAACGAUCGACGAUGUGGUUUUCGUGAUCGAUACCGGGAAAGCGAAGGAGAAAUGUUACGAUUCGUACAACAAGGUAUCGUCGCUGCAGACCCGUUGGAUAUCGCAGGCCUGCGCCAAGCAGCGUACCGGCAGGGCUGGUAGAACGAAACCCGGCAUGUGCUUUCGCCUUUUCUCCAAACAGAGGUAUCAGAAUAUGGACGAGGAAAGGGUUCCGGAAAUAUUACGUGUUUCGCUUGAGGAGCUCUGCAUACACACCAAGGUUAUAGCCCCGGCAGGUAUGAAUAUCCACGACUUCCUGACGAUGGCCCCCGACGCCCCUUCUGCCAAUUCCAUCAAAGUCGCCAUCGAAAACCUGCAGUUCUUGGGGGCGCUCGACAAAGAGGAGGAGCUUACGUCGUUGGGCGAGUACUUGGCCCAGCUGGCCAUCGAACCGCAGCUGGGGAAGAUGUUGAUCUAUGCCGUGAUAUUUAGGUGUCUGGAGCCUAUACUUACCCUCGCCGCCGCUAUGUCACACAAGGACCCGUUUCAGCUGCCACCACAAGCGAACUUAAAAAAUAAGGCUGGCGAGAAAAGACGGGAACUGCUGAACGACGUCAUGAGCGAUCAUUUACUGUAUUUGAUAGUUUUUAAAAGAUGGCAGGAAGAGACGUACAGCAACAACGUCGCCAGCUUCUGCCACAACUACUUCAUCAGCAACCCGACUAUGAACUCCAUCCUAGAGACGAGGAGUCAACUGUUGGGGCAGCUGAGGGCCGUUGGUUUCGUCCACCAGGCCAACUCCCUGGAGGAGUAUAACAGAAACGCGCACAGCUGGCCUCUGGUGAAGGCGAUCAUCUGCACUGGGGUGUACCCCAACAUCGCCUAUCCUCUGCACCAGAACCUGGCUACGAGGUCGGAGAAGAAGGUGAACGUGCAGAACAACAGCGCCUGCGCCAACAGGUUCAUAUCCACUUGGUUGAUCUACGACGAGAAGAUUAAGCACCGCAACUGUCUGCUGCUGAGGGGCGUGACGGCUAUAACUACGAUAACGGUGGCCUUGGUGUGCGGCAUCGACACCAUCCAGCCCACCCCCAACUCCAUCGUCGUCGACGAUUGGCUAGAAUUCGAGUUCCCCGACUGCAGCCCCCUCCUCCUGCGCUCGGCCAUGCAGCUCCUGAUAAAGAGGGUCCUGGCCAAUCCGUCCUACCACUACAACGAGCACGACCACCGCCUAGUGCAGACGGUCCGUUCCGUCCUCGACGUCGAGGAGGUCUUCGCCGACCUGAAACUUCCCACGAACAUCGGCGAGAGGCCUCGGUUCUUCUUCCCGCUAGGCCAGGGCGCCGGCCGCAGGGUCAGGCAGAAGACUAACCCGUUGCGGGGCGGCUUCGCCCAGUCCGUCAACGUCGCCAAGAGGAACGGGUACAGGAGGGAACAGAUGGACUCUUCCGCAUCGGGCAGCAGCCGUCUGACGAAGGGAUUGACGGCUUCAAGUAGCGAACUGACGGAUUCCUUGAAGACGCUCAGAGUGACGAACAGCGCUCGUCUGUUGAACGGGCGGGAGGUGUCGGCGUACCAGAACGGAGCGUCGGCGCUCCUCAACGCCAUCACGGGGGAGAAUAAGUUCAGGGAGUACAGCGACGAGAAGAUUUUUAUGCUGAUCAGGCCCAAGCAGAAGAAGAGCGUCGAGAUCGCCCAGCAGACCAAUAAGUGGGUGUUCGCUCCCCAGACUGAGAAGAAAAUUCUGCAUUAUAGUCGCAAAGGAAAACCAGUCUACCUGCUCUUCACGGUAAACCAGAGUCGUGCCUUCCAAGGUAUGGCGGAAUUCCUGACCUUCUCGCAGGAACAGUCUGGCAAGCCCACCUCCAGAGUGACGUGGGUGUAUACGCUUGAACUGGAAUUCUCCAAAGUCAGGCAGCUGCGGAACCCGUACAACGAGAACCGCCCCAUCUACGAGGGCCUGGACGGGCAGGUGAUCCAGCAGACGGUCGCCGAGGAGCUCGUCAGGAUCUACAACGAGGUGAUGCACGUGGCGGAAGGUGGUUUCGGGCCCGGGCGCUCGUCGCAGGGCUGUUCCAGCGGCGGUAGAUAAGUCCUUUAUUUUUUUAUAUGGUUAUCGUCGUCGAGCGGCCAGUCUUCUGUCUUACGGUUAGGGUUUCGUUUGUCGUGCGCUUAGAUUGUGUUUCGCUUGAUAGGAGCGGAGGAAAGCGAACGGAAACUUUUUAUUUUUGAUGUUUGAGAAAGUUUUAACGGUGUGGUAUAUUUUGAACUUUUUUAAAUUCGUUUUCAGAGCUACAUUAUUUUUAGGUAUUUUUUGAGGGUUUGUUUUUGUGACUUGUCGAAAUCAAUAUGUUAUUCGAAACGUCGCUUUUACCUCACGUUUCCAGACGUUACAUCGGAAGAAUUGUCGCUUUUGCGGUGUGUCCCAAACUAAAGUACACGGGAGGUGCGUUAACGUAUUUUUUUAAAUUUGUUUUUUAAUUACGACAAAGAACUGCUGCUAAUUAAUCCUUUCUUAUUUGCAAACGUAAGUUUUAUGGGAAUUCAUAAUGAUUUAAUUAUGAAGUACGUGUAACUUAAUAAAUCGAUAAAAUAUUUAUUUAAAAAAAAAUUACUAAUUUUUCCGAAAGCGAAAAUUAUGCUUUAUAUAAAAUUCGAGACAUUCAGCGCAUAAUGUAUUAAACGAUACUUAUCAAUUUACGGAAACCAAUUCAAUCGGGUUAUUAUUUCUUUUAGGAAUCAAACACGUUUUUUUGUAAAAGCGAAGCUCAUUUCCUGCAUUUAUAAAUUUCGUGUAGCUUAUUAAUUGCACGUAAACGUAUUUUAUGAAUUUGCAACUGAUCGUCCGAGGGUUUUGUACUAGGAUGUGGAUUUUUUACGUCGACCAGUUCAAAGGUUUCUAGGUUUUAUUUAAUUUUGGUCGCGAAAAGUUUAUGUACGCGAUUUUUUGGUGACUGAUUCUGGCAUCGUUAGAUUUUAAGUAUUUCCUUGUUAGUGUAAAAUUUGUUACGAGUUCUUGAUUGCUAAUAAAAUAUUUU